AUGGCCGACUCUGCCAACCACCACGCAAGCUCGGCGCGCCUCGCCGACUCGUCGUACCUCUCGCCCUACUCGCGCGCGGGCGCCCCCGGGCCUCACCCCAACGGCGACGCCUACGCCCCUCUGCGCGCCCGGGCCCUGGCCACGCUCGAGGCCAUGGGCUUCGACCCCAAGACCAUGGUCGAGCACGGCGUGCUCUGGGCCGAGCACCAGGACCCCUACGGCCACGUCAUGCACGCCCAGUACAUGAGCUACCUGGGCGCCUGCUUCUGGCGCAUCAUGGAGAGCUACGACGAGUUUUUGACCAAGGCAGAGUGCGAUGGCAUGAUUCACGCAAAGACGGUCAUCCCCGCCGUGCGCAAGUACGAGCUCGACAUUCGCCGCCAGGUCAAGUACCCCGACGCGGUCAUUGCCGCGUACCGCCAGGAAAAGAUUGAGCCCACGCGCAACAGCGGCACCACGGUGCUCUUUUCGCUCAAGCAGCAGGCCAUUGUCGCCGAGGUCAAGGGCUCGACGACGUACAUGGACGUCAAGACGGGUCGUCCGGUCGACAUCCGCACGCUGGGCGGCGGAUUCCCGGCCUUGUUUGAGGGCUUUACCAAGAAGGCGGAGCGGGCGAGGGCCUUGAAGGAGAAGUGGGACUGCGAGCAUCCCAAGCCUCCCAAGCGCGAGGACUCGAAGAUUUGA